AAAAAAAGGAAGGGCCCAGGGUACAUAUGCUUCUAGCUUCUGAAACGCUGUCCAACCUCAAAAUCCUUCCAUUCACAGACAAAGGGUGCGAAUAAAAAUGGCUUACUAUUUACUAGUCUUUCCUUUACUCUUGCUUUUGUGUGCUCCAUCUCCUUCUCUUGCACAGCCGUUUAAAGCUGUGAAUUUAGGAAAUUGGCUCGUUAAUGAAGGGUGGAUGGAUCCUUCUCUCUAUGAUGGGAUGCCCAACAAUGAUCUCCUGGAUGGAACUCAAGUGCGGUUCUUCUCCACAAGGCUACAGAAGUUCCUUUGCUCAGAAAAUGGAGGUGGAACCAUUCUUGUAGCCAAUCGGCCCUCAGCCUCUGACUGGGAAACUUUCAGAUUGUGGAGGAUCAAUGAGACAUAUUUCAACUUUAGGGUGUUCAACAAGCAGUUUGUGGGGCUAGAGGAUCAAGGAAACAAAGUAACAGCAUUUUCAGAUACUGCUGGAAACCCAGAAACAUUCCAGAUCAUAAGGAAAAAUGAUGAUCGGAGUAUAGCUCGCCUCCAAGCAUCAAAUGGACAAUUCCUUCAGGCAAUAUCAGAGACACUGGUAACUGCAGAUUAUGUAGGCUCAGGUUGGGACGACGGUGAUCCAUCAGUCUUCAAAAUGACUAUUGUCAAUCCCAACGCCAUACGAGGUGAAUAUCAGCUCACAAAUGGUUAUGGUCCAGACAGAGCCCCUCAAGUCUUGCAGGAUCACUGGAACGCUUACAUCACUGACGAGGACUUCAGAUUCAUGUCAGCAAAUGGUCUUAAUGCUGUCAGAAUUCCAGUUGGAUGGUGGAUCGCAUGCGAUCCGCCGCCUAAACCUUUUGUUAGUGGCUCUUUGAAAGCCCUAGACAAUGCUUUCACAUGGGCACAGGAAUACGGAAUGAAGGUAAUUGUUGAUCUGCAUGCGAUUCAAGGUUCACAAAAUGGCAAUGGUCACAGUGGGACACGAGAUGGGUACCAAGAAUGGGGAGAUUCCAACAUUCAAGAUACUGUGGCUGUCAUAGAUUUCCUUGCAGAGAGGUAUGCCAACAAUACAAGUCUUGCAGCAAUCGAAUUGAUGAACGAGCCAAUGGCCCCAGGCAUCAGUCUAGACACCCUAAAGAAGUAUUAUCAAGCUGGAUACGAUGCCGUAAGGAAGUACACUCAAAAUGCUUAUGUGAUCCUCUCCAAUCGACUAGGGAACGCUGAUGCAAAGGAGCUCCUCUCAUUUGCAAGCAGUCUGCAUUGCGUAGCCAUUGAUGUGCAUUAUUACAACCUAUUCUCAGAUUCAUUCAGUAAUAUGAAUGCGCAACAGAACAUUGACUUUAUCCAUAAUCAGCGGUCUAGUGAUCUCGAUACCGUGACCACUGCCAAUGGUCCAUCCAUUUUUGUUGGGGAAUGGACUGGAGAAUGGGAAGUGAACGGAGCAUCGAUGGAAGAUUAUCAAAACUUUGCUAAAGCUCAAAUCGAAGUCUACGGGCGUGCCCAAUUUGGAUGGGCAUAUUGGGCUUACAAGUGUGCCGCCAACCACUGGAGUCUAAAAUGGAUGAUCGAGAACAACUACAUAAAGCUCUAGACUCUGACAAUGGCUAUUACAUCAGGACGUAGUGACUGGCUUUUGGGCUCCUCCUAUGAAUGAAAAGGCCAACAGUGCUCUUUUUUCUGUUAAUUGUAACCAAGAUUAAUAAUGGGGAUUAAUUUACCUCUA